AUGCCGACGCCGACCACUCGCAGCCACGUGCUGCACCUCGCCGCGCUGCUCCUCCUCCUUGCGGCGGGCGCGGCCGCGCAGCCGGUCCAGCCGUGGGACAGGACGCGGGAUGGCGACGGCGGGAUCAUGCCGGGCGCGAGGCAGCCGCCGAGCUUCAGCGCGCCCAUGGUGGUGCUCCUCGUGGCGCUGAUCGCCACCUUCUUCUUCAUCGGCUUCUUCUCCAUCUACAUCCGCCGCUGCGGCCGGGGCGAUCCCCCAGCCAACACCAUCCGGACCUCGGCGCUGUUCACGCUGUCGCCGCAGGAGCAGAACCGGCAGCCGCGCGGGCUCGACCCGGACGUGCUCGCCUCCUUCCCCGCCAUGACCUACGCCGAGGCGCGGGCGCUCCGGGAGCAGGCCGGCGGCGGCAAGGACGUGGCGCUGGAGUGCGCCGUGUGCCUGAGCGAGUUCGAGGACGAGGAGCAGCUCCGGCUCCUCCCCGAGUGCAGCCACGCCUUCCACCUGGACUGCAUCGGGGAGUGGCUCGCCGCCCACGUCACCUGCCCCGUCUGCCGCCGCAGCCUCGUCCCCGAGGAGCCAGCAGCAGUCGAAGCCGCCGAGGAGAACAUCACCGGGGAGGAGCAGCAGCGGCCGGAGGUGGCCAUCGACAUGAGCCGCGAGGACGGCCAGAAUGAGGACGAGGAGAGGAGAACGGAGGCGGCGGAACUGGAGCGGAUCGGGAGCCUGCGCCGCGCGGUGCGGUCGCGGUCGGGCCGCCCGUUCUCGCGCGCGCACUCCACGGGCCACUCCCUCUCCGCGCGGCUCGACCGCGACCUCGAGCGGUUCACGCUGCGUCUCCCGGAGCAGGUGCGCAGGGAGAUGGUCGCCGCGGGCGAGGAGAGCCUGCGCCGCACGGUGGGCCGCGGCGUCGCCGGCGCACGGAGCGCGCGGAUCGGCCGGUCGGACCGAUGGCCGUCGUUCAUCGCCAGGACGUUCUCGUCCAGGGUUCCGUUCUGGGCGGCGUCGAGGAGGGCGCCGGACGCGGAGACGGCGGGAGCGCCGGGCUCGACGACGACGCCCGCGACCAUUGACGAAAAGUCGGCGGCUGUGUCCGCGAGUUCGAACAAGGGGAGCGUGCGCUUCGACUGCCUCGGCGGCGGCGUCGCGGGCGCCAGAGUCGGCGACGACAGCGAGGACGAGCCGGAGGAGGAGAAGGCGAUCGCCCGGCGAGUCUGA